CUCCCAAAAGAGUAGCGGGGAGUGUCUAAGCCAAGACUGAAAUACCAAAGCAAAAAAAACACACACACAAUGCUAAACCACCCCAACCACCACCAUCAACCACCCUCCACCACCACCAGCAUUAGACCCUCCACCCCGUGCAUCCUCCUCUCCACCAUCCUCUUUUCCCUCCUCCUUAUACUAUUCUUCUCUACCUCCACUCAUCCUCCACCAUCCCUUCCUCCACUCGACCCUUCACUCUUCCCACCUGAUUCCCCCCACCGCCACCUCUUCCUCAGCAGCAGCAACACCUCGUCUCACAAAUCCAAGCAAAAUCCACCUUCCCCUCCGCCUCCUCCAUCAAUAGCCUACCUCAUCUCCGGAUCCUCAAAUGAAACGGGUCGGAUCCUACGCCUCCUCUUCUCAAUCUACCACCCCAAGAACAUUUAUCUCCUCCACGUAGAUUCCAGAGCUUCCCAAGCUGAACGUGAUAAUUUAGCGGUCAAAAUCCAAUCUUUCCCACUUUUUAAAGCUGCCCAGAAUGUUAAUGUUGUUGGAAAAGCUGAUGUUGUUUAUCAACAAGGGUCGUCCACUUUAUCAGCUAUACUUCAUGGGGCUUCUACUUUCCUACGUAUUUCGAAGAACUGGGAUUGGUUCAUCAAUCUCUCUGUUGAUGAUUAUCCACUUGUUACUCAAGAUGAUCUUCUGCACAUAAUGUCAUACUUGCCUAAGGAUCUCAAUUUUGUGAAUCACACAAGCUAUAUUGGCUGGAUUGAAUCUCGGAAAUUGAAACCGAUAAUAGUUGAUCCCGGGCUCUAUAUUUUGGAGGAAAAUGAGGUGUUUUAUGCCACUCAAAAAAGGCCCCUGCCAGAUGCAUUUCGUUUGUUCACAGGUUCAUCAUCAGCUAUUUUGAGUCGCAAAUUUAUCGAAUUCUGCAUCUUAGGUACAGAUAAUCUACCCCGGACAGUGUUGAUGUACUUGGCAAACACUCCCUCAGCAAAUUCUGUUUACUUUCCAACCAUUUUGUGCAACACUCAGAAAUUCAAUAGAACAAUUAUCAACCACAACUUGCAGUAUGUUUCAUUAAACCUGAGAAAGGAACCCCACCUGCUCAAUUCUAGUUACUACACUGACCUAGUCCAAAGUGGAGUAGCAUUUGCUUCCCGUUUUCGUCCAGAUGAUCCAACUCUUGACAGAAUAGACAGAGAAAUUCUCCAUCGAGCACCCGGGAAACCAGUACCUGGUGGAUGGUGUCUAGGUGAGUCUGGACUUGACUCGUGUAAGGUGUGGGGAGAUGCUGACAUUUUACGGCCUGGUUUAGGAGCAAAACGGCUUGAAAAUUGUCUUCUUGAACUUCUUUCGAAGGAAACAUUUCUGUCUCAACAAUGUGCUGUCAAUUGACUAUUAGCAAGAAUGAUAAUGCAAAGAAGUUUAAUUUGGGUAAAGUGAAGAACGAAUCAAGAGAAAAGGCAUAAUAUACAGGAUGACUUAUCUCACAUGACAGAUACCUGUUUGAAAUUUUGUUGUGUAUUAGUUUACUUGGUACGAUUCUUUUGUAGCUAGUUCAGGUGUUGUACAAUUAGCUUACAGUAUUCGAGAUUGUUGUAUAUUGAAAGGAGAAUAUAUGUCCACGGUUGCUGAAGAUAUUUCUUCAAUUUUUCCAGCAACACGGAUUCAUCAUCAAUGAAAUCUUCAUUUUUGUAAA